AACUGUUCUUGUUGCGAUUAAAUGAUUUUUUUAUUUUUUUUAAUUCUUUUUCUAUAAAAACCUAGUGUUGGAAAUGAAAUAUAUCUUUCAAACACAGUGAAAACAAACCUGUAUCACACACCGGGAGCUAUUCGCUAUAUACCUAGCUAAUAUUAGCUACUCCUAAUGAAAGGAAAAACAACGUAUGAACCGAGCACUUGAGCUUAGGGUCAGAAACAGCCUAAAAUAUACAUUUCAUGUGGUUAACAACACAGCAGGACAGGACGACCCAGAGAGCGAAGACGAGGUCUAUGAGGUGGUGGACCUCACAGAGUACGCCCGGAGGCACCAGUGGUGGAGCCGGGUGUUUGGGAACAACUCCGGGCCGAUUGCUGAGAAAUAUUCCGUGGCCACCCAGAUCAUGAUGGGAGGGGUGACUGGCUGGUGUGCUGGCUAUGUUUUCCAAAGAGUCGGGAAGAUAGCGGCGACUGCCAUUGGUGGAGGAUUCCUUCUUUUACAGAUUGCUAACCACAGUGGUUACGUGCAGGUGGACUGGAAAAAGGUGGAGAAGGACGUAAACAAAGCAAAAAAGCACCUGAAGAAGAAGGCAAACAAAGCAGCCCCUGAAAUAAACACAUUCAUUGAGGAGGUAAAGGCCACAGAUUUUAUAAAGAGGAAUAUCGUCCUGUCCAGCGGGUUUGUUGGUGGCUUCUUUUUGGGACUGGCAUCCUAAAGCUGCAGCUCAUACAUUACCCUCCCACCUACUGUGAAUCUCAUCACUACAUUUAUCUCCAUACUUUACCUCUUUGCCCCAUACAUCUCCUGAUUUAUCACAUAAUGAAGAGAGAGUAGGGGUUCUGUUAAAUAUGUAAGCAUGAUCUGUUGUGACAGUGGCACUCCUGCUUUAUCCAAGUGUUUUCUUUUCUUUUAGAUUCUGAAAUUGACCGCUGUGGGUAUCAUUGUAAAUAUUUCAAUUCUCAUCAGAACUGUACAUAUUUCAUACACUAGGAGUGGACAAACUCAACUAAAACCCAAGAAUUUACUUUUUUAUGUUGCUGAAAUAUUAGAAAAGUUAAUUUUCUCAAA